UUUAUAUAUUUAAAAAUUAAAUUUAAAUUUUUUAAUUUUUAGAGAACAUCUCCCACUUUCAUAUAAAAUUGAACAUUUUUCUAUUUUUUUUACACGUGCUACUAUAAUCAAUAAUGUUAUAUAACGUACUAUGUGGUCUCAGGUUGGACCAAAAGAAGAGACAACUGUGGUUGAGAAAACUGGGAAGAGUGAAGACAAAGUGAAGAAGAUCAUCACUAUUAUCAUUUCAAUGGCUACCCAAACCCAAACACAGUCACAUCCAAACACCACCACUAUCGACCCAAACAGCGGCUUCUGUUCUCAUUCCAGAACCUUCCAUUCCCUCCGUCCAAACGUUCCUCUCCCUCCGCCCUCCCACCCCCUCUCCCUCACCGACUACGUCUUCUCCCUCCUACCCUCCGCCGCCACAGCCACCGCCUCCUCAUCCAUCACCUCCGCCAUCAUCGACGCCGCCACCGACCGCCACCUGUCCUACUCCCUCCUCCUCCGCCAAGUCAAAUCCCUUACCUCCUCCCUUCAAUCCCUCACACCUCUCUCCAAAGGCCACGUGGCACUCAUCCUCACCCCUUCCUCCCUUCACGUCCCCGUACUCUAUUUUUCCCUCCUCUCCCUCGGCGUCACCAUCGCCCCCGCGAAUCCACUCAGUUCCCAAUCCGAGUUGACUCACCUGGUCAAACUCGCGAAACCUGUCAUCGCGUUUUCCACCUCGAACGCCGCGAAAAACAUUCCCUCCUCCCUCAAAUUCGGCACAAUCCUCCUCGAUUCCCCUCUCUUCCUUUCCAUGCUCAACAACAACGAAUACGUCAACGCCGAUUCACGAACUCGCCGAGUCGAAGUGAGUCAGUCUGACUCGGCGGCGAUUCUGUUCUCCUCGGGAACCACGGGGCGCGUGAAGGGCGUGCUCCUUACGCACCGCAACUUCAUCGCGCUGAUUGGAGGGUUCUAUCACCUUAGAAUGGUGGUGGAUGAUGAUCCGCACCCGGUGUCGUUGUUCACGCUCCCGCUGUUCCACGUGUUCGGGUUCUUUAUGCUGGUUAGGGCCAUCGCCGUCGGAGAGACGCUUGUGUUCAUGCAUAGGUUUGAUUUCGAAGGGAUGCUGAAAGCUGUGGAGAGGUAUAGAAUCACCUACAUGCCGGUGUCGCCGCCGCUCGUGGUGGCGCUGGCGAAGUCGGAACUCGUGAAGAAGUAUGAUAUGAGUUCGCUACGGUAUUUGGGCAGCGGCGGCGCGCCGCUCGGGAAGGAGGUCGCCGAGGACUUUAGAGCCCAAUUCCCCAACGUGGAAAUUGGGCAGGGCUAUGGUUUGACUGAAAGUGGAGGAGGGGCAGCUAGAGUGUUGGGGCCUGAUGAGUCUAAGCGCCAUGGUUCUGUGGGUCGACUAUCAGAAAAUAUGGAGGCCAAGAUAGUGGACCCUGUUACUGGAGAAGCAUUAUCUCCUGGCCAAAAAGGGGAGCUCUGGUUGCGAGGUCCAACAAUCAUGAAAGGUUAUGUAGGAGAUGAGAAGGCCACAGCUGAAACAUUGGAUUCAGAAGGAUGGCUGAAGACUGGUGAUCUUUGUUAUUUUGACUCUGAUGGUUUCCUCUACAUUGUAGAUAGACUGAAGGAAUUGAUCAAAUACAAAGCUUAUCAGGUUCCCCCUGCUGAAUUGGAACAUAUACUUCACACCAAUCCUGAAAUUGCUGAUGCUGCAGUAGUUCCGUAUCCUGAUGAAGAGGCAGGACAGAUUCCAAUUGCCUUUGUAGUAAGAAAGUCUGGAAGCAACAUCACUGCAGAUCAGGUCAUGGAGUUUGUGGCAAAGCAGGUUUCACCAUACAAGAAGAUACGGCGAGUUUCUUUCAUCAAAUCUAUCCCAAAAUCUCCGGCUGGCAAAAUUUUGAGAAGAGAAUUAGUUGAUUAUGCUCUAUCCUGUGGUUCAUCCAAAUUGUGAUCAAGAAAAGAGCAUGGAGAAAAUGUACUUGGCCUCGAAACUAUUGUGACCUGUUCAGAUGCAACAAAUGCACGAUAUCGUGUGAAGCAUCUGGCCUACCAUGUGGUUCAUCGCCCUAGUCCACCACUAAGAAUGUUGGUGGUUUCUACCCAAAAAUCAGCAAUCAUUUUAUUCACGCACACCUUUCAGAAAUUUAAUCAUUUUAAUCAACUACCUCGGUUUCCCUCAUUUUAUUUACCAAAAUAAAUUAUGCACCUUUAGGUUUGUUCACAAAAUAAUGUGUGCAAGAAACAUUUUCAUUCGUUGUAAACUAUUUGUUCAUUUUGUAUAGUUGCAUUUAUAUAUUUUCUUUACUCUUCUUUUC